CGUACUUAGCUACCUCCUAGGUAGAAUGUGAUUGUGAAUUAGUUGAUGACUGGUUAACAACUUCCACAAUAUCCCUUCUUUUUUACAACUAUUAUCACCACCCAACGAAGCAAUAAUCAACGACGAUACUAGGUCGGAUAAUAAGGCAAAGACAUCCUCUACGGAACCCACGCUCUUUUGGUCUCUGUCCUUUUCUCCUAAUCUAUCUCAUCCGCAUAGAAAAUAUCUUUUAAUUUCAACUUGGAUCCCACGCCUCUCCUGAGACCCGAAACCGACAACAUUCCCUAAUAUACCAAGAAAUGCCACCGGCUCUGUAUAACUCGAUCGAUCGCUAAACUAUUAUCGCCACGAUGGAGGCUGUGGCUGCUCCUCUAGGCCUACAAGGCUCCGGUGCGAACGCAUUAUCGCCUUCCCCCUUUGUCAUGAUAGAUCCAGCUUUGGUGGUUGACUAUCUGGCAUCCGUGGUUACUAUUGCCCUUGGAGCUACACGUAGCGAGCUGGAGCGACCAGGGAAUCUUCUGUCGAAAGCAAACUACGACGAUACGGUUCAAAGGUGUACUCGCUUUGCAUCCGAUGCCCAGGUGGCCCUGUAUAUCCAGAAAGAUGUGAAGCCAUCGGAUGACGUCCCUGACGGUUCUACCGACAAUGUUCAAGUCACAUAUACAUACACCAUCACGUCCGAAAUAUCUUCUUCUCCAACGACGAUAGCCUAUCUCGCACUUCUCAAACGCCCCCAGGCGCUCGAUUCCGCGCUGCCGUUAUCAUCUCAGAUCCAGAUACAAACGCUGCCUGGCACUGCCUCGCUUGCUAAUCUCGUUAGCGAACAAGGUCCUACUGCUUCGCCUUUCGAAAUACUACACUCUAUUCUUCAUAAUGCGCUGGCGCCCUAUUUCGAUGCCAAUACCAAGACCUCGCAAGCUGCGAAUGGAACCAGGAACCGGGCGGACGUCGAUGCGAAGACGGGUAUUCCCGUAACCAAGAAACGUAUGACUGAGCUUGAACUGAGCUUGCUGCACCUCCAGCAAAAUGUUGAGAUCCCAGAGUUAUCGCUCUCGUUUCAUCCGAUUGUCCAGGGGGUAUUGGAUGACGCUGCUGCACGCGAUAUACGACCGACGACUGAUAUGAUAGACGCUAAACUUCUCUCGGAGAGUACCUUCAUGAACAACUUGCAGUCGACAGUAAAUGGUUGGAUUAAAUCAAUACAGACUAUCACGAAACUCACCCGAGACCCCGUAACGAGAACGGCGACGCAGGAGAUUAAUUUUUGGUUGUCUAUGGAGUCUGCGUUGGAGGGAAUUGAAGCUCAGUUGAGGAGCGAAGGUGUUACGUUGACUUUGGAGAUUUUGAAGCAUGCGAAGCGUUUUCAGGCUACUGUUAGUUUUACCGCCGACACUGGCUUGAAGGAGGCUAUGGAGAUGGUGCAGAAGUACAAUCAACUCAUGCGGGAUUUCCCCCUCGACGAAUUGUUGUCCGCGACUUCGCUGCCCAAGGUUCAGGACGCCAUCGGCCAGAUCUUCACCCACAUGAACAAGAAAAUGAGAUUCAGUAAUUACCCUAUAGCCCGAACUUUGCAUCUGGUUGAAGCUAUCUCGGCGGAUCUUGAGGAAGUCAUGCACCGCCUUCUUCCAGGCUCUGAGUUGGUCGACCUGGAUUAUAAGGAUUUUAAAACCCUUAUGACUACUGCCGACGAAAUCUUCAAGUCUUGGGACGCUCAGAUAAAAGAAUUUACCAAUAUUGCUCGAGAGACGACUCGCAGAAGGCAGGAGAGGUUCAUUCCGAUCAAGGUCAACCCCAAGCAUAGCGAGUUGCAAUCUCGUUUGAAGUAUAUCGAUAACUUCCGAGACAAUCAUGAGCAACUGCAGAAGACAAUCAUCAACGUCCUUGGUCCGAGGACAACUGCCAAUGGUGUUCCUGAAGAGACGACGACCAAUGGCGUUGCCCUUGUCGAAGAAAUAGGCGACGUGGACGCCGUCGAAGAGGUUCGACAGGCUUGGGAAGCGUUGAAGAAUGUUGAUCUGCUCGAUGUUUCUCCCGAAGGUACCCAGAGAUGGGUCAAGGCUGAGAACACCUAUAACGAACGCACGUCGCGAGUAGAAAAUUCAAUUAUUGCUAGAUUGCGUGACCGUCUUGCGACUGCAAAGAAUGCGAAUGAGAUGUUUCGUGUUUUCUCUCAGUUCAACGCCCUCUUCGUGCGCCCCAAGAUUCGGGGCGCCAUAGCCGAGUAUCAGAAUCAACUCAUUGAUAACGUGAAACAAGCCAUUUCGGGGCUCCACGAGCGCUUUAAACAGCAAUAUGGCCACUCGGAGGUUCAUGCCAUGGCACAGCUACAUGAUUUGCCACCCGUCUCUGGAGCCAUCAUUUGGGCGCGUCAAAUUGAGCGUCAACUGGAUAAUUACAUGAAGAAGGUCGAGGACAUCCUGGGUACCGACUGGGCGCUUCAUACCGAGGGCCAAAAGCUUCAGACUGAGAGUGAACUAUUCAGAAAGAAACUGAAUACUCAAGCGAUCUACAAAGCCUGGGUCGAAGAUGUUCAGCGCAGGCAUAUCUCGAUAUCUGGUCGGCUGUUCAACAUCAAUAAGAUAAGAGCUGCGAAUAAUGCGCUGGACCUCUCAGUGAACUUCGAUGCUCAGAUCAUUGCGCUAUUCAAAGAGACUCGUAACCUUGGCUGGCAAAAUUUCAACGUCCCCCACGCCGUGAAUAACACUGCGAAGGAUGCCAAGAGGGUGUAUCCUUAUGCUGUUAGUCUGAUGGAAAGUGUAAGAACUUUCACUCAGACAACGCGGCAGAUAUCGAAACUACCUGAGGUGUCUAUUUUGCUGAGUGGCUACCAGAACGAAGUUCAUGUAUUGAUCGCCAAGGGUAUACCUCUGAAGUGGGAGACAUUUGUAAACACUUGGGAAUCGUACCAAAAGCCGACGCUCCCUAACGGCACUCUUGAUCAUACAAUUGGACGUAGUAGUGAAACCAAGCAUGUCUUAUUUGUCAGGGAAUUUGCUGCGGCCGCUUCUCUCCUUCAAGCGAAGACCGUCACUCUCGCGAAUAUACACAUGAAUGUUCAGAAGGCACUGACAGAGCUGGCAAUUUGCCCGUAUGAGGCUUCGGAGUUCGAAACGCGUCUACAAGUUAUCCAGGCCGCCGUCGAUCAGCUCAAUCUCGAGCAAUACGUCAACCUUGGCUUCUGGGUUGAGAGGAUGAACGAACGAAUUAAGCUGACCCUACUUAACCGUCUCCAGCAUGCGGUCUCGGCAUGGAUUGAAGCAUUUGAAGACGACACACCCGUCGAUCGAAUUGAGAAUAGUCGAAGAAAGCAAUUAGCUCCGUCGGGGGAACCUCUCAAAUCGGACGCGCCUCUCAUGAAACACUUGAUUCAUGAAAUCACUAUGAGAAAUCAAGUUAUCUAUCUUGAUCCGCCACUCGAGUUUGCGAGAGCUAGCUGGUUCUUGCACUUGCAUAACUGGAUUGGUAUUGUCUGCAACCUGCCUAAGAUUAAGGCCUCUAGAUACCAAAUGAGCUUGACCUUGAGUACCGUUGUCCAAGAGGAAGCCCGCUUCAACGAUCUUCCUAGCGAUUGUACCGACAUACUCAGUAGAGUCUAUACUUCGAUUGAGACAAAGCUACAAGGCAUCGGUGAGUAUGUUGAUAAAUGGCUUCAGUUCCAGUCCCUCUGGGACUUGCAGUCUGAACAAGUGUACGAACUUCUGGGCGAUGAGCUCUCCAAAUGGCUGCAGUUACUACAAGAAAUCCGCAAGUCUCGUGCGACCUUCGACACGACCGAAGUAAGCCGUUCAUUCGGCCAUAUUACGAUCGACUACGAACAAGUACAAAUGAAGGUCAAUUCCAAAUAUGACCAAUGGCAGCAGGAGAUAUUGAUAAAAUUUGCUACGCGGCUUGGAACUCGUAUGAGAGAAGUCAAUGCCGAGAUAGAAAAGGCGCGGAGAGACUUGGAAGGACAAAGCCUCGAAGCCUCAUCCACCGCACAAGCGGUCCAGUUCAUCACUAUUGUGCAAAGCUGCAAGCGUAGGGUCAAGGCCUGGGCCCCGGAAGUCGAGACUUUCCGUCAAGGACAGUCUACUCUGGUCCGGAACCGGUACAAUUUCCCGAAUGACUGGGUAGAUGUCCAGCAGGUUGAUUCGACUUGGGAGGCACUUAACGAACUCUUGAAUAGGAAGGCGAAGGUCGUGCAAGACCAGACCGAUGCCCUCAAGGCGAAGAUAAUAGCAGAAGACAAAGUUGUCAUGGACAAGAUUGCAGACAUCGCCACGGAAUGGAACAGUGAGAAACCAGUCUCGGGAACGAUUGCCCCUGAUGUUGCGUCCGCAACGCUCGCCUCCUUCGAAUCUCGCAUUACGAAAUUGCAAAAGGAAUCUGACAUGGUAUCUAAAGCCAAGGAAGCACUUGAUCUUCCAGCGAGUCCUGAAUCGUCGCUUUCGAUUAUACUAGAGGAGGUCCAAGACUUCAAAUCCGUUUGGGCCGGUUUGUCAACGAUCUGGAAGAGCUUGAAUGAACUCCGUGAAAUACUAUGGGGAAGUGUUCAACCGAGAAAAAUCAGGUCUAGCAUUGAUGGUCUCAUCAAGAUGACGAAGGAGAUGCCAAGCAGAAUGCGGCAAUAUGCUGCUUUUGAACAUGUCCAGAAUGUUCUCCGUCAGCUUCUGAAAGUGAACAAUCUACUGAACGACUUAAAAUCAGAGGCAAUUCGAGAUCGACACUGGACUAAGAUCUGGAAAGAGAUCAAACCCGGACGGCGGUAUUCGCCUGUGUCUAUGACACUGGGAGAUGUCUGGGAUCUUAACCUUGUCGCCACAGAGGUGAUCGUCCGAGACAUUAUCACUCAGGCUCAGGGUGAAAUGGCACUAGAGGAGUUCCUGAAGCAAGUGAAAGAAACCUGGAACAACUAUCAACUGGAUCUUGUGCCGUAUCAGAAUAAAUGCCGUCUCAUUCGCGGUUGGGAUGAGCUCUUCGCCAAGUGCAGUGAGAAUUUGAACUCGCUACAGGCGAUGAAACAUUCGCCGUAUUACAAAGAGUUCGAAGAGGAAGCAUCUUCCUGGGAAGACAAGCUAAAUCGUGUCCAUGUUCUGUUCGAUGUCUGGAUUGAUGUUCAACGCCAAUGGGUUUACUUGGAAGGUGUCUUCACAGGAAAUGCCGACAUCAAACAUCUAUUGCCUAUCGAGUCUUCCAGGUUCCAGAACAUCAAUAGCGAAUUCAUGACCGUAAUGAAGAAGGUUUACAAGCAGCCGAUGGUAAUGGACGUUUUGGGGAUCACUGGAGUCCAAAAGUCUUUGGAACGUCUCGCUGAGCUGCUCAACAAGAUACAGAAAGCGCUCGGUGAAUACCUUGAAAAGGAAAGAGUAUCAUUCCCUCGCUUUUAUUUCGUCGGCGAUGAAGAUCUUCUGGAAAUGAUCGGCAAUAGUAACGAUACUUUGCGUAUUGCUAAACACUUCAAAAAGAUGUUUGCUGGCUUGACGGGGCUUGUCAUGGACGAGGAAUCGGUCAUUACUGGCUUCACCUCCAAGGAGGGCGAGGUCGUACGCCUAAAGAAAGAGAUUUCUCUUCUUAAAACACCCAAGAUCAACGAUUGGCUCGCUCUGCUUGAGAGUGGUAUGAAAGCCACCCUCGCCGAACUUCUCGCUGAAGCUGUUGAGGCGUAUACCCCGAUAUUUGAGUCGGAGGAGAUCAGCCAGGGCGCGAUGAAUGAUUUUAUGAACAACUUCCCUAGUCAGAUUGUAGUACUUGCUACUCAAGUAGUUUGGACUACAGCGGUUGAGAAGUCGCUGAAUAACGGGGGCAGUACGCUUCAAUCUCUCUUCAGCCGAGAAGUCGGGGUUCUGCGGCUCCUUGCGGAGACUGUCCUCGGUGAUCUUGAGGUUAUACAGAGGAAAAAAUGCGAAGCCCUUAUUACAGAAUGCGUGCACCAGCGAGAUGUCAUCGAAAAUCUGGUAAAACUCAACGCAAGUUCCCCGACACAUUAUUUCUGGCUGCUACAGAUGCGAUAUGUAUACAGUCCUGAAGGGGACUUCCUACAACGUCUGUUUAUCAAGAUGGCAAAUGCGAAGCUUAACUAUGGUUUUGAAUAUCUGGGUGUUCCUGAUAGACUGGUUCGAACUCCUCUUACCGAUCGCUGCUUCGGGACCCUUACUCAAGCUCUGUGCCAAAGACUUGGUGGCUCGCCUUACGGACCUGCCGGUACUGGAAAGACUGAAUCAGUUAAAGCGCUUGGUGUCCAACUGGGUCGCUUUACUUUGGUAUUCUGUUGUGACGACACCUUUGAUUUCCAGGCAAUGGGUAGGAUUUUCCUUGGUAUCUGCCAAGUUGGUGCAUGGGGUUGUUUCGAUGAAUUCAACCGUUUGGAAGAAAGAAUUCUCUCCGCCGUCUCACAGCAAAUCCAGAACAUUCAGCUUGGUCUCAAACAAGGUGCCGAGGAUGAUAAGGCUCAAAUCGAACUAGUUGGCCGGCAGCUUCACGUUAAUGCUAAUACGGGUAUCUUUAUUACAAUGAACCCUGGCUAUGCCGGCCGUUCCAACUUGCCCGAUAACCUGAAGAAGCUGUUCCGCAGUGUAGCCAUGUCGAAGCCGGAUAAGGAACUGAUUGCUGAAGUCAUGCUUUACUCUCAAGGAUUCAACCAAGCAAAGCAGCUCUCUAAGCAGACAGUUCCAUUCUUCGACCAGUGCUCGACAAGGUUAUCCAAGCAAGCGCACUACGAUUUUGGUUUGCGUGCUCUGAAGAGUGUGCUCGUCAGCUCUGGUGGUCUCAAACGUGCCCGGCUUACUAGUAGUGACGGUAACAUCGGUGCUGAGGAAGUUGUGGAGCCCGAAAUUAUUGUGCAGAGUGUCCGAGAAACUAUAGCUCCAAAGCUGAUCCAAAACGAUGUUGAAAUCAUGAUGUCCAUUGAAAGCGAAUGCUUCCCUGGCGUCCAGUAUGUCCCGGCCAACUUGGUAGAACUAGAAGAUGCAAUCCGUCGUCUAGCAGCAGAGAGGCACCUUGUGGUGAACGAUGUUUGGAUGACCAAAGUUCUCCAGCUUUACCAGAUUCAAAAUAUCCACCAUGGUGUGAUGAUGGUGGGUAAUUCGGGAACUGGAAAAUCCGCAGCGUGGAGGCUCCUCUUAGAUGCACUUCAGCAAGUUGAGAAGGUCGAAGGUGUCUCUCAUAUCAUCGACUCAAAGGUCAUGUCGAAGGAGGCUUUGUACGGAAACUUAGAUUCAACCACUCGAGAAUGGACCGAUGGUCUCUUCACGAGCAUACUGCGGAAGAUUGUCGAUAAUCUUCGUGGAGAAGAUUCUAAGCGUCACUGGAUCGUCUUCGACGGUGAUGUCGACCCAGAAUGGGUUGAAAACUUGAACAGUGUACUCGAUGAUAACAAGCUACUCACACUUCCUAAUGGUGAGCGUCUCAAUCUACCACCUAAUGUCCGAAUCAUGUUCGAAGUCGAGACGUUGAAGUAUGCUACUCUGGCAACUGUGAGUCGUUGCGGUAUGGUUUGGUUUAGCGAGGAUACCGUCACACCAAGCAUGAUGGUUACCAACUACCUUGAGAGACUGAGGGCAGUGCCUUUUGAAGAUUUAGAUGAGGAUGCUGCCGCGGCUGGCCAGAGCCCCGCAAAGACCCUUCAGAUUCAAGGUCAGGUCGCGGAUUUGUUGCACGCCUAUCUAACCACGGACAACUUCAUCCUCGACGCUCUCAAGCAAGCAGAAACAUACAACCAUAUCAUGGAGUUUACUAUCGCUCGUGUUCUCACAACUCUUUUCUCUCUAUUAAACAAGUCUGUCCGAGACAUGAUCGAAUACAACGCAGCGCAUGUUGAUUUCCCCUUGGAUCCGGAGCAGAUUGAGGCGUAUGUUUCGAAGAAGUUGUUACUUGCUCUAGUCUGGGCUUUAACAGGUGAUUGUCCACUCAAUGACCGAAAAGCCUUCGGAGACAGCGUUGGAGCUCUCGCUAGCUUUGGAUCCCCGCCCCUUGAUGGUACCAGUUCCCUUAUCGACUUCGAUGUCGCCCUUCCUAGAGCCGAAUGGACACCGUGGCAAAACGAAGUUCCCACGAUCGAGGUCAACACGCACUCCGUUACACAAACAGACGUCGUCAUUCCAACGUUGGAUACAGUCCGUCACGAAGAUGUGCUCUAUUCUUGGCUUGCAGAACACAAGCCACUUCUGCUCUGUGGCCCCCCUGGUUCUGGUAAAACGAUGACUCUUUUCAGUGCACUUCGAAAACUGCCAAACAUGGAGGUCGUCGGUCUGAAUUUCUCUAGUGCGACCACACCUGAUCUCCUCAUAAAGACUUUUGAGCAGUACUGUGAAUAUAAGAAGACACUGAACGGCGUGAUGUUGUCACCAACUCAGAUUGGGCGAUGGCUCGUAAUCUUCUGUGAUGAGAUCAACUUGCCGGCACCGGACAAAUACGGAACUCAACGAGCAAUUUCGUUCCUCCGCCAGCUUGUAGAACAUAACGGUUUCUGGCGAACGUCGGACAAGUCUUGGGUAACACUCGAUCGAAUCCAGUUUGUGGGAGCUUGUAAUCCUCCAACUGACGCUGGCCGUACGCCCAUGGGAGCCAGAUUCCUUAGACAUGCACCGCUCAUUAUGGUCGAUUAUCCAGGCGAGUUGUCCCUACUUCAGAUCUAUGGUACUUUCAACUCCGCUAUCCUCAAGAUCAUUCCAGCGCUUCGUGGAUACUCCGAACCGCUUACUCAAUCGAUGGUUCGGUUCUACUUGGAGUCGCAACAACGGUUUACACCUAAAAUACAACCUCAUUACGUCUACAGUCCUCGUGAGUUGACGAGAUGGGUACGUGGUGUAUACGAGGCCAUCCGUCCAUUAGAAACCCUAUCGAUAGAAGGGUUGAUUCGCAUCUGGGCGCACGAGGCUUUACGACUUUUCCAAGAUCGUUUAGUUGCGGAAGAGGAGAGGCAAUGGACGGAAGAAGCUGUGCGGCGCAUCGCACUAGAGUUCUUCCCCACCAUCGAUGAGCAGAAAGCGUUAGGCGGGCCAAUCCUGUUCUCCAACUGGCUUUCAAAGAACUACGUCCCUGUUGACCGAGAACAAUUACGAGACUUUGUCAAGGCUCGCCUCAAGACAUUCUGCGAAGAAGAGGUGGAUGUUCCGCUCAUUUUGUUCAACGAUGUACUUGAGCACGUUCUUCGUAUUGAUCGUGUCUUUAGACAACCACAAGGUCACCUGAUCUUGAUCGGUGUCAGUGGAAGUGGAAAGACUACACUUUCGAGAUUCGUUGCAUGGAUGAAUGGUCUGAAGGUCUUCCAAAUCAAGGUCCACGGCAAGUACUCUGCUGAAGACUUCGAUGAGGAUCUCCGAGAGGUCUUGCGCCGUUGCGGUUGCAAGGGCGAAAAGAUAUGCUUUAUCAUGGACGAGUCUAAUGUUCUUGACUCGGGUUUCCUAGAGCGCAUGAACACUCUACUUGCCAACGCCGAAGUCCCUGGUCUCUUUGAAGGAGACGAUUUUGCCUCUUUAAUGACUGCCUGCAAGGAAGGGGCGCAACGGCAAGGUCUACUACUGGAUUCCCAAGAAGAGCUGUAUAAAUGGUUCACGCAGCAGAUCGUCAAGAAUCUGCAUGUUGUCUUCACUAUGAAUCCACCUGAAGAUGGGCUGUCCUCGAAGGCUGCUACCAGUCCCGCCUUGUUCAAUCGUUGUGUGUUGAAUUGGUUUGGAGACUGGUCUGACCAGGCACUCUUCCAAGUUGCAAACGAGUUGACGCAUUCUAUUGACUUAGACAAGCCUAACUUCCUAGCCCCUGAUACUAUUCCCGUUGCCUAUCGCGGUCUCACCUUACCUCCUUCUCAUAGAGAAACGGUCGUGAACUCUAUGGUUUACAUCCACUAUUCUCUUCAGCAGUUUAACGCGAAGCUUCAGAAGCAACAGGGCAAAGUUACAUUCCUUACGCCGCGCCACUUCCUCGACUUUGUUGCUCAGUAUGUAAAGCUAUACAAUGAAAAGCGGGAAGAUUUGGAAGAACAACAGCGUCACUUGAACGUCGGUCUCGACAAGCUGAGAGACACGGUCGAGAAAGUCCGGGACCUGAGAGCUAGUUUGGCUGAGAAGAAGACCCAACUUGAAGCAAAGGAUGCGGAAGCCAAUGAGAAAUUACAGCGCAUGGUUGCAGAUCAACGGGAAGCCGAACAGCGCAAGAACACUUCUCUCGAGAUCCAAGCAGCUCUUGAAAAGCAAGAAGCAGAAGUCGCAUCCCGCAGGGAGGUUGUGCUCAAUGACCUAGCAAAAGCUGAACCCGCAGUAGAAGAAGCAAAGGCUAGUGUCAGCAACAUUAAACGACAGCACUUGACUGAAGUUCGAUCUAUGGGUUCUCCACCCCAGGGUGUCCGACUCGCCAUGGAAGCCGUAUGUGCACUGCUAGGCCACAAGAUCACCGAUUGGAAGAACGUCCAAGCCAUUGUUCGCCAAGACAAUUUUAUCGCGAGCAUUGUCAACUUCGACAACGAGAAACAAAUGACAAAAUCCUUGCGAACGCUUAUGCGGACCAAAUUCUUAGCCCAGCCAGAUUUCACGUACGAGAAGGUAAAUCGUGCCAGCAAGGCUUGCGGUCCUCUAGUUCAAUGGGUAGAAGCCCAGGUUAAUUAUUCCGAAAUUCUUGACCGCGUCGGUCCUCUACGGGAGGAGGUGGGCGAACUUGAAGAACGAGCUCUUCAGACCAAAGCUGAGGCAAAGGCUGUUGAAAAUACUAUCACCAGUCUAGAGCGGAGCAUCGCUACUUACAAGACUGAAUACGCAGCCCUCAUCAGCGAGACUCAAGCCAUCAAGGCCGAGAUGGCUCGAGUCCAAUUUAAGGUCGACCGAAGUGUAAGGCUUCUUGACAGUCUGUCCUCAGAGCGUACCCGUUGGGAGGAUGGCAGCAAGUCAUUCGAGACUCAAAUUAGCACCUUGGUCGGCGAUGUCCUAGUCGCCGCCGCUUUCUUAGCAUACAGUGGUCUCUACGAUCAAACCUUCCGAAAGUCAAUGAUGGAAGACUGGUUGCACCAACUUCACCUUUCCGGGAUCAACUUCAAACCUCAUAAUCCCGUUACGGAAUAUUUGUCGACUGCGGACGAACGACUCAGCUGGCAAGAAAACACCCUGCCAGUCGAUGAUCUAUGCACAGAAAACGCCAUCAUUCUCAAGCGCUUCAACCGUUACCCACUGAUUAUCGACCCUUCAGGCAGGGCUACCGAAUUCCUUCAGCGCGAAUGCAAGGAUCGUCGUCUUACUGUGACAAGUUUCUUGGACGACUCCUUCACAAAGCAGCUCGAAAGUUCUCUCAGAUUUGGUAACCCAAUUCUCAUACAAGAUGCGGAACAUUUGGAUCCAAUCCUUAACCACGUCCUCAACAAGGAAUACCAGAAGACCGGCGGUCGUGUGCUUAUCCAACUUGGCAAGCAGGAAAUUGACUUCUCCCCUGCGUUCAAGAUUUAUCUAUCCACGAGAGAUCCAUCGGCGACAUUCCCGCCGGAUAUUUGUAGUCGAACAACGUUUGUCAACUUCACUGUCACCCAGAGCAGUCUCCAGACUCAGUCCCUUAACGACGUUCUGAAAUCGGAGAGACCAGACAUUGACGAGAGAAGGUCUAAUCUCAUCAAGCUACAAGGCGAAUUCAAAGUUCAUCUUCGACAACUUGAAAAACGACUUCUGCAAGCCCUUAACGAAUCUCGGGGUAAUAUUUUGGAUGACGAUCAUGUCAUCGAGACUCUCGAGACUCUCAAGACCGAAGCUGGCGAGAUUGCGACUAAGAUGAGUAACACCGAAGGAGUAAUGGCCGAAGUUGAAGAGAUCACGCUGCAGUACAGCAUCAUUGCCCGCUCAUGCAGUGCCGUAUUUGCUGUCCUCGAGCAACUGCACUACCUCAACCACUUCUACCAAUUUUCUCUGCAGUAUUUUCUUGACAUCUUCCAUUCUGUUCUCCAUGGCAAUAAGAACCUAGCAAGCGAAAGAGAUUUCAACAAACGCCGAGAUGUCAUCAUCAAGGACUUAUUCGUAACAACUUUCAAGAGGACUGCCCUGGGUCUACUCCAAAAGGAUCGGAUCACUCUCGCCAUGCUCCUCGCCCAAGCCUCGCCUUACAAGAUGGACAAGAGCUUGAUUGAUGUCAUCCUCGACGAUCGUGUCGAAGGCAAAGACCUCUCCACCGAAAGCGACGCCAAGGAUGAGACUUUCACCCGUGCGAAGAGACUUGGUGUGUUGAAGGAUAAGCUUGACCAAGUACCGGCUAAUGCCUGGGAUGCAUUCCUGUCGGAGGAGCUUGCAGAAAACUUCGUCCCCCAAAUUUGGGAUGCAAACACAGAACCAUUUGAUCAAGGGUUGCUCUCGUUGCUUCUAGUCAAACUCUUCCGCCUCGACCGUUUCGUCCCGACUGCGGAGCGGUUCGUGACUUCGGUCUUCGGAGCUGAACUACUUGACAUUGUGGAUGAUCUCAAAGAAACCGUCAGCCAGGUGCCUCCAACUCGUCCCAUUUCGUUGGUUUCAACCCCCGGCUUCGACGCCAGUUACAAGGUGGACAACUUGGUUGAGCGAAUGCGUGUUAGGUGCACAAACAUCGCUAUGGGUUCAAACGAAAGUCUUACAAGUGCCGACAAGGCGGUUACCAAUGCAGCACAGGUCGGAUCUUGGGUUCUCAUCAAGAACGUUCAUCUUGCGCCAACUUGGUUACAAUCUCUCGAGAAGCGUAUGGAAUCUCUCAACCCUCAUUCCGAUUUUAGACUAUUCCUGUCGAUGGAAUCCAGCCCAAAGAUUCCUGUGAACUUGCUGCGCGCAUCUCGCGUACUUAUGUACGAACAGCCAGCUGGUGUCCGUGCCAAUAUGAAGGAUUCGAUGUCUUCUUUAUCCACCAGAGUUACCAAGAGCCCCGUAGAGCGCGGCAGGCUUUACUUACUUCUCUCUUUCUUACAUGCUGUGGUACAGGAGCGUCUACGGUACGCACCAAACCUGGGAUGGAAAGGUUUCUGGGAGUUCAACGACAGCGACUACGAAUGCUCCGCCUUCAUUGUCGAUACAUGGAUUGAGUCCGUAGCACAAAACCGUACGAAUAUCAAUCCGCAAAACAUACCCUGGGAUAUGAUCCGCUACCUGGUCCGUGAGACCUACGGUGGUAAGAUUGACGACGAAGGGGAUUUCAACCGGCUGACUGAGUUGGUCAAUCAAUCCCUUACGCCAUCGGCUUUCGACAUUGGGCAUAAAUUAGUGGAGGGGUCGGAGAAGGAUGGGCAGGAAACGAGUCUCGCAGUACCAUCUGGUACUUCAAUGGAAGAAUUCAUGGGAUGGAUCCAAAAACUCCCCGAGCGUGAGCCGCCAACUUAUCUGGGACUGCCUGCAAACGCAGAGAAGCUUCUUCUCGUUGGACUUGGCAAGAGUCUAAUACAAAACCUGAAGAAGGUGACAGAACUACUAGAUGAGGGAGAACAGCUCAUGGCUGAAGUUUAAGGAGAGAUGUACGAAGUUAUGAGAUGAUUGUUUGUUGGCCUUCCUGUCCGAUACCCCUAUUCGAUUUUUAAAUUGCUAUCGGUUUUUUUCUUCUUUACGAAAAGUAUACCUACAUUAUGCUAGACUAUUAAAUUUAGUACCAAAUAAAACAAGAUGGAUAACCACAAUAUUGUUUAUAAAAGGUAUUCGAUGUUCGGUGCCUGUAAGCUUUUUUUUUUUUUUUUUUUUUUCGUAUUAUUGACCUAACCCUCGCCUUCGAGUAACCUACCUAGGUACUUACCGCCACAAAAAGUGAAAAAUAUCUACCUAGUACCUCUUGAAGGGAGGUAAAGGAACCCGUCGGGUACUGACAUC